GCCAUGGCGGACUGCUACCCCUUGGGCCUUUGUGAUGAUCAACUUGACAACUUAAGUCAUCUGCAUGAUCCUCGUUCUUGUCUAUAUAUCUCCCAACAUCAUCAUCUCAUGCGCCUAGUCCAGGCUGGUCCCUGGCUGCCAGCACUCGGCCACAACCUGAUACUAGCGCUUUGCCGUAGAUCAUUUUCGAGAUCGUCUACCCGAAGCUCCUCAUGCGCCCUGAUUUAAAUUCUAUGAAGCAUAUACACGCUCGGCCCUCAACUAUCAAUUUCCGACAGCUUGCUCGUCUGUCGCGAAAUCGUCGUUCGCGAUGCAGGGCGCUUAUCCAACCAUGGCCAGUCAGCCUGAACGGAAUGACCUAGGCGGGACCGCCAUGGUAAUCCAGCAAUAUGCCAGGUACCCUGCUUCCCUGGAGCCUGGAUUGCAGAGCGCCUCAUCCAUUGGCAGUGCCAGUUCCCAGAUGGCCAUCUCCAAGUCUCCCCCGGUCCAGCGCAAAGCAACUCCCCGUAGUCUACAAUCGUCGCCUACUGUCGCGCGCUCGGCUAUUCCACCAGGACCAACAGUGCGAUCAGGACCGUCGAUGUCUCCUCCAGUAUUUGAUAACUCGCGCCAGAAACCCAUGGGCGAUCAAAUAGACCGGGCGGAGGUCCGUUCCCUGCCUUCUCGCGACAUCACGGAUGAAAACAUUGACGAUGCCUAUGUCCUUUUCAUCUUCUUUUGCAACCCCAACGUGCCCCUCUCCGCCGAUUCGACCGAGUUACGCAAGACUUUUAGGUCUCCUCCCCGCAGCGACGGGAAGAGCUUUAGCAUAUUUACGCUAUGGGAGCUGAUAAAAAAGCUAGAUAGCAAAGAGUUGAAAACGUGGAUCCAGCUGGCAAUUGAGUUAGGGGUGGAGCCGCCCGAUAUGGAGAAGAAACAAAGCACUCAGAAGGUUCAACAAUACGCAGUGCGUCUUAAACGUUGGAUGCGCGCGAUGCACGUGGAUGCAUUUUUUGAAUACUGCCUCGGCCAUCCGCAUUCAUACUACACCCAACUUCCGGCCAGCAACGCUGUUGUCAGCGAUAGCCGUGAUGGAGUUCCUUUGGAGGAGGAUCUCGCCUUGCGAGCUCUUGUUCCUCAGUGGAAACCAAAACGGGGGAGAAAGAGGGCAGAGGAGAAAGACAACUCGAGCGAAAGGGCCCUUAAGAGACCGCAGCUUGACACCUCUGUUGGCUCUUUUCACGCAGGCACAUUUGCAGCGCAUUCUCACACAUUCCCGCAGAGUGCUAUCCCGUUCAGCGCGUUCCCAGAUGAUAUAGAGUCGAAUGACCCGUGGAUGACAGCGUCCUCAUUUCCAGCUGAUGCACCUCCAGAAGCGUCCAGUACUCAUCAGGGGCAAGAUUUUCGCUGGAAGGGUCUUGAUCGUGAGAUAUCUCCUACUAGCUAUCCGCAGUCCGCAGUCAUUCCGAGAGGUCACCAUUCGUCAGACGUCUUCCUUUCGUCUGCAGAACCACGGUCCGCGGUGACACCAUCUUCAGGAGACAAAUCUCGUGCUAGAAGGCGACAUGGACCCGCUGUCUCAUCUGCGUGGCCAAACAUCACAACCUCGUCUACUGGGAAGAUGCGCGGAAGGCCUCCAAACAGGGGAACAGUAUCCGGACCAUUCUCAUCCUUUCCCGUCAAUCCUAAUCGCUCAGAUCCUUCUCAUUCCCACAGUACCGGGAUGAGGCCCUCACCCUCCAUUGUCCUGCAGCAAGACUCUACUGAGUCCCAGUACAACCAAUCUCCAACGCCCUUGAAUACCAAUGGCAAGCCAAAUAAACUCCAACUACAAGUUCCACAGCAUUCAGGUGCCCCUGUUCGGCUCGCGACUCCACCUACAUUACUCGUAAACGGGGUGAGCAACGAACCGGCCGUCGCAAAUAACGGAGCAGCGGCCUCUCAAGGGGAAGGAUCUAGUGCCACAGUCGUCACAAACACAGCAUCGAGUAUAAAUCGAAGUGGCGUUCCCAGUACCAUCAUAAGACCUGACGACGUGACACGGACACUCUCGGCGGAACUACUACGAGCAAGGGUCACUGGGCGACAGACUCCCUUAAGUCCCGAAGAGGGGCAGGCACUAGCGUCUGUAGUAGUGACCAACUUGACAGCUUUAUAUUCCAAGUUGCCUUUUGGGGCUGCUCCUCUAGCAUCAGCUCUACACCUCGGACUGGGACCUUACUUCGGAUACCCAGGGACAAUAAAUAGCACCAUAAAGGUGCACAUCAAGCACAAAGACAGAAAUGCCGGUAGCUCUGAAAACUCCAGUCCGAAUAAGGGCCCAGUAGCCCCUUUAUACAACAUUUUCCUUGAUCACAGGCAUGGAUCAGGCGUUCUGAAUAGUGUCUCGUUUGAGGAUCUACACAUCGGCAACGUUGGCGGAAAUACCUCAACAGGCCCAAGUGCGGGCACAUUUGACAAUAUCCCGCGUCAGAACGACGAGUUGGAUAAUAGCAUCACUGAGUUACAGAGCUUGACAGACGCUGAUUAUGAUAUUGAUGACGGAGAAAGCGCAGUAGCCGAAACGACCUGGAAGCAGCGGUACAUGAAGCUCCGCGCACAAAUGCAGAAAAGGGAACGAUCCUUGUCUCAGUACAAGCGCAAGAUCCUGGAAUCUGUCAUGGCAGAUAUAUAA